CGAAUGGGAAAACCUUUUACCAGAACCAUUACCUCCAUAGAAUGAUUAACGGGGGAACUGAAGUCAAAAUAGGAAAUUAUCCAGUAGAAGGUUUUUCAGGGGACACUAAAACUGUUUUGCAGUUUGAUGGGUGUUACUUUCAUGGUCAUGAUAGUUGGUUAACGAAAAAUGCCAAGUCUACUGAUGAGUCGAAAAAACAAUUUAAACUGAGGAAACAAAAUACUCAAAAAUGCAAUAGUUUCAUAAGAAGUCAAGGUUUCAAAAUGAUUAUAAAACAUGAAUGCGAAUUUCGAGCGGAUUUAGUUUCAAAAACGCAAAUUCCCAGAUCACUUCCUUAUGGUCAAAAUAUAACUUUACCAGAAUUUGAAAAGUCAAAACAUUUGCCUUUUCACAAACCCUUUCCGAGACAAAUUAGUGAUCCUCAAAACAUCACAGAUGCUGUUUUAGAUGACACUUUUUUGAAAUGGUACAAGUUGAUAUCAAAGUACCGGAUAGCUGGCCCAAUGACUACUUGAAAGCUAAAGUAUGUAACCAAUUUGGGAGAGAUAUCACUCCUUGGGAAUACUUUAAAGAGCUUUCAACCCCUUUUUCACCCACAUCCAAUGUGACUUUUGAGGAUAUAGGCAAACAUAUGCAAGAUUAUAUUAGAACUUACGAUCUUUCGGAAAAACCAAAGACAAUGUUAGUGGGCCAGCCAAAAACCUCCUAAUCACAACCAGUCUAUAUCGUUGGUAUAUAAAACGUGGUAUCCAAACUGAUAAAAUACAUCAGGUCAUCGAAUUUGACAGGAUGACUUGUUUUGUGGAUUUGGUUAAAUAUGUUUCCGAUAUGCGCAGGCAAGGGGAUUCUAAUCCCGACUGAAUU